AUGUACGAUUUAGUUACGUUUGGGGAAGCGAUGAUCCGACUCACCGCGCCGGAGUAUAUGAGGCUUGAGCAGGUGUCAUCGCUCUCAAUCACAGCAGGCGGUGCGGAGAUGAACGUCGCCGUCAAUGCUGCACAACUCGGAUUGCGGACUGCGUGGGUAUCACGACUCGUAGACAACUGGUCAGGUCGGUAUAUCCGCAACAAGGGGCGCGAACUCGGUGUGGAUAUGUCGAACAUUGUUUGGGUCGAUUUUGAUGGGGUCGGCUUGGAACGCAACGGAUUUUAUCAUCUUGAGUUAGGCGCCGGACCGCGUGCGAGCAGUGUCACCUAUGAUCGCGGUUAUUCUGCGAUUUCUAACGUGCAGCUUGGAGAAAUUGAUUGGGCAUCUAUUUUCAGCAAUGCGCGCUGGUUUCAUCUUAGCGGGAUUACGCCUGCGUUGUCAAAAUCUGCGGCUGCCGUCUCAGCAGAGGCACUCAAAGCGGCACGCGCUGCGGGGGUCAAAACGAGUUACGACCUGAACUUCCGUUCUAAAUUGUGGAGUGCAGAAGAGGCACAAGCAGUGAACCGACCGAUGAUGGAGCAUGUCUCUGUUCUCAUCGGUAAUGAGGAAGAUUUUGAGAAAUCACUCGGCUUCGCGGCGGAAGGGGCGACCGAAUCCUAUAGUAAACUUGAACCUGAUAGCUACAAAGCAGUCGCACAACGUGUCAAGGACGCUUUCCCGAACAUUGAAAUGAUCGGUACGACGUUGCGUGAUGCCAAAACGGGUUGGUUGAACGAUUGGCGGACACUCUGUAUGAUGGCGAAGCGUUCUAUUUGUCACGUAUCUAUGAGAACUUGGAAUUGGUGGAUCGGGUUGGCGGCGGUGAUAGUUUCUCAUCGGGACUUAUUUAUAGUCUACUGA